AUAACACAAAUUCGUAGUCCGCGUCGAGUUACUAGGAGCCUUUUAUGUAAUAUGAUACACAUGCAAAUGUUAAAUAUGAACGUGCACAUAAACACAUAACCGUUUCUCUGCAAGCGUCCAGGUGUAAUGUGUAGGCAAAGUUUGAGGAAGUGAGGUGCAGAAUAUCAGAAUAUCAACAGCAAACUUGUGUGUGUGUGUGUGUGUGUUGAUGGCGUUUCGCAAAACGUUCAUCUCCCACGAGGCUUAUUAUUAACGGCAACAACUCCGGUUUAAUUCCGGGUUGCACGGUUUCAGUGUUACAGAAUAACCUUCUGUUGAUCAUGAGCGCGGUGUGCGGACUGGUCUUGAGCACCGGGAGGAUCCUCACUCAGUCCAGUGUGGAGCUGAUGGCAGCCCGCGGUGUGUUUGUAAGGCCGAUCAAGCGACUUCUCCCCCGGGUUUCUUUUACCCAGACCCGCUCCUGGUGCUCUGAUGGGCCCGUUGCUGAUCGGGCUGAAGUACGGCUGAGUCGGCUAGAUGGUGAAGACGACGGUAUAGUGGAAGUGCUGAUGUGUCGUGAAAGGGCGAGGAACUCUCUGGGACACGUUUUUGUGGGUCAGAUGAGAGAGCUGGUGUCAUCGUUGCAUCAUGACACAGCAGUUCGUGUGGUGGUCUUCAAGAGUUUGAUACCUGGAGUCUUCUGUGCAGGGGCAGAUCUUAAGGAGAGAGCUCAGAUGAGUAACCCUGAGGCAGAGCUGUUUGUACAAGGCCUACGAUCACUAAUGAAUGACAUCGCUGCACUGCCCAUGCCAACCAUCGCAGCAGUGGACGGCUUUGCUCUCGGGGGCGGUUUGGAAUUGGCACUGGCGUGUGACCUCCGCACUGCAGCACAUUCAGCGCAGAUGGGCCUGAUUGAAACUACACGAGGAUUACUCCCAGGGGCUGGAGGCAGUCAAAGGUUGCCCCGGACAGUCGGCUUUGCCAUCGCAAAGGAGCUGAUUUUUACAGGCCGGCGUGUCGGGGGGGAACAGGCUGCAGAGUUGGGGCUGGUAAACCGCUCCGUGCCACAGAACCAGACAGGAGACGCAGCCCACAAAGAGGCUCUUUGUCUCGCACGAGAGAUCCUGCCUCAGGCCCCGAUUGCCGUGCGAAUGGCUAAAGUAGCCAUGAAUCGAGGCGCUGAGGUGGACAUCUCUUCAGGAAUGGCUAUUGAGGGAAUGUGUUACGCCAGGCUCAUUCCUACACGGGACAGACAAGAGGGCAUGGCUGCAUUUAUAGAGAAGAGGCCUCCAAGGUACAUUGGAGAGUGAAUGAUUUUAAACCUGCACAACAUGCUUCAAAUCAACGUGUUACUAUACUGUAACCAGUGUUGGUUUUCAAUUUCCUUUGAAAUCUGAGCUUUGUAAUGCCUAAAAAUAACCACCACAAAUAAUUUAAAAAGGACUUUGUCAUGUUUAUGAAAAUACAGAAAAUAAAAAUCAUAAAAAACAAUA